AUGCCAAAAGAAAGCCAACGGGGUCCUUUCCUAGGGGCAAUUUCGCCUUGGAGUAGCCCCCAAAGCUCGACACCCUUGUCUACUACAGACAAGCAACACGAUAUCCAGAAUAUCCUGAAGCAAUCCCAAGGACAAGACCAUGCUGUCACGCAUAGGUACAGACUCAGCUUACACCGUUACCCUGAAGACUGCCCGCCCUUGAGUGUCAAGUGGUUUUAUGCAGUGGACUCUCCGAAAAGGAAGCCGGAGCUGUCUACCAGUGCUCGGAAUAAAGAAGAUCUCAAGCUGCCACCCCCCAAGAAAUUUGUGCAAUUCUCAAUUAGGGACUCUCAUGCCAUUGAAGAAGCUUUCCAAAGGAUAUCGGACAUCGAGGUUGAAAAUGAGAACUUUAGCCACGAACAAGCAGACCCUGGCUGUUCACGCGUUCCAACCAAGGUUUCCGUGAAUGAGGACUUUUUGUUCGAUGUGAACGUGGAAAAUAGGGAGCUGGCGCCAACGUACUGGGUAGGCCCCAUAUAUGAAGUGCGCCGAGGGACAUGGUUCUUUCAGGAAGGAUCGACUAUGAAGCCAUGCGAAGAGAACUUAGCAACACAGCUUGAGGAGGGAUAUCUAAAGCUAAAACCCUGGCGAUGCUCGGACACCCGUCGCUCUCCAUCAACUGCUUCGUCGACAACACUUAGUCACCAAGGUAAGUCAAAAACGCGCAACCCCCGUGGUACUUCCGGAACCAGUAAUGAACCAAGGGAUUAUCGAUUGUUCGGCGCUUAUAUGAGCAAUAUAGUCACAUAUCAAGAUGCUUCCACUGCGCUGCUGACAAGUGAUGACUUCAUGUCCAGGGUCAGCACUACUGUAUACCAAAAGCUGGGUGCUGUCGCAGGCACAAAACUUAUACGUGGCUUCAAUGAAGCGAAGAAGCCCACAGAUUCAUCAAAAUGUGGCACUCCACCAAAGCAGACACACGAUGGGCUCAAGCGUCGCACCAAACUACCAGGGCAGCUCGAAGUAGAAUCCAAGUUGUUGGGUUUGACCGAAUUGACUGGACCAGACAACCCCAGUCUAACGAAUACAACAACAGGGUCUGCAACCAAAGAGCCGUGUAAUGGGGCAGAUGGUCGCUCGGAAUUGGCCGAGCUUGAAGAGCAAGUGCGUACUCAAGAUCAGAAGGAGAUGGAGGCAUCAAAAGACUCCAAUGAAGAUCGAGAUCGGAAGAUAGAUCACUUGGUCCUAGUCACUCAUGGGAUUGGCCAGCGCCUGGGCUUGCGCCUAGAAAGUGUAAAUUUCAUACACGAUGUCAAUGUUUUACGCAAAACGAUGAAAAGUGUUUAUCGAGCAUCACCCGAUCUUCAAGCCUUCAACUCGCAAUUCGCUGAUAAGCAUGAAAACUGCCGCAUCCAGGUCCUACCCGUGUGUUGGAGGCAUAUGCUCGAUUUUCCCUAUCAACGAAUGGAGCAAAGUCGGAAGGAACUCGACUUAGCGGACGCGGAGGCUCCCGAAGAUGCAAUACCAGCAUACCCUACUCUAUCAGAUAUUACACUCGACAACGUGCCUGCUGUUCGGAAUCUCAUAUCCGACCUGGCUAUGGAUGUUCUGCUUUAUCAGAGUGCGUAUUGUGAACACAUAUCUCACAUAGUGAAAGGGGAGUGCAAUAGAAUCCUGAGGCUUUUCAAGGAGCGAAAUCCUUCCUUCAAAGGCUCAGUGAGUCUUUGCGGCCAUUCUCUUGGUAGUGCAAUCCUCUUUGAUAUACUCUGCCAUGAACCCCAUGAUAGCCGUCAUGAACCCCAUGAUAGCCGUCAUGCAACCCCCUCGGUCAAUGCCAGACAGCCAGAAUGUUGUCGAGAUUCUUUGGAAUUUCAAUGCCAGGAAUUCUUCUGUCUAGGCUCCCCUGUCGCAUUAUUUCAGAUGCUCAAAGGGAAGACUAUUGCUGCGCGGCUGGCUCGAGACGAGGGACUAGCAGAAUCUUUUGCUUCACACCAGACUAGCACCGUGCUCGCUCAGAAUGAGUUAUCUGUUUCUUCACCUAAAUGUGGGCAGCUGUACAAUAUUUUCCAUCCCUCUGACCCCGUGAGUUAUCGUUUAGAGCCUUUGAUCUCACCAGCACUGUCAUCGCUCAAGCCGCAGCCUUUGCCGUCGGUAAAGAAAAGUCUUUGGGCAACAUCCGGUCAGAGUCUUUCCAUGAUCGGUAAUCGUGUCGGCCAAAGUGUGGGAUCUCUCUGGACGAAUUUCACGUCAGGUGUCGCCAGCAGUCUUCUUAACCGUAGCCUCGGUCUGAGUCCCGAGGAUGCCUCAAUCCGCUCAUCGUCCAAUGCGAAUACUCAAGACCCCCAGAAUCUACCAUCGGUCACGGGUGCCUCUGCGCUGAGUGAAGACAAAAGUCGACGACCCACACUGCUUCACUCUGAUUUGGAAACGCUCUACGGAAAAAUCCAUCGGGACAGGAUCUCAGCGAAGCAGAAUUUACAAGCCAGAGAACAUGCUAGCGGAGCCCCUGGGGCAGACAGUGGCUCGAAAAGGAUUCUGCUAGAGGAUGCCAAGGUAAGGGCCCUGAAUGCCAACGGGCGUGUUGACUAUAGCAUACAGGAGGGUGCAUUCGAUAUAUCUAUGAUUGCAAGUAUUGCCAGCCACCUGAGCUACUGGACAGAUGAGGAUGUGAGCCACUUUAUGCUAUCGCAAAUGCUGUGUAGGAGGGAACAGUCAUCAGGAAGUCAAGAUCAGCCCUAG